CGUGAGCAGAAGGAAACGAUCGGCAACGGACACGCGGAACAGAACGGGCUGAACGGACACGCGAGCUCGGAAGAGUCGGACCCGGCAGCUGCUGGCCCGAACGAGUCCGCGGACGAUAAAAGCGCUGGCGUUGCCGGUGGCGGAGAGACCGAGCAGCAGCAGCAGCAGGAGGACGACGUGAUGAGACUGAUGCAGGAGACCGGCUUUACGGUGCAGGUGCUGUCGCCGGGCGUGGAGCCGCUCUCGAUACAGGUGUCGAGCAUGGAGCUGGUGCAGGAGAUCCACCAGCUGCUGAUGGACCGGGAGGACACGUGCCACCGGACGUGCUUCUCGCUGCAGCUCGACGGCCGCACGCUGGACAACUUUGCCGAGCUGAAGAACAUCGACGGGCUGCAGGAGGGUUCCGUCAUCCGGGUGGUCGAGGAGCCGUACACAAUGCGCGAGGCGCGCAUUCACGUGCGCCACGUGCGCGAUCUGCUGAAAUCGCUCGAUCCGGCCGACGCGUACAACGGCGUCGACUGCAGCUCGCUCACCUUCCUGCACACCAUCACGAUGGGCGACAUUAUGGAGAAGAAAAAGACGCGCCAGGAGUCGGUCGACUGUACGCCGCCCGACUUUAUCAUGCCGGGGGCGCGGGAGCGUCCGCUGCUACCGCUGCAGCCGGGCACGGGCAAGAAGGGCACCCCGCAACCGCUCAAGGUGCUGACGACCUCGGCGUGGAACCCGCCGCCCGGGCCGCGCAAGCUGCACGGCGACCUGAUGUACCUGUACGUGGUGACGAUGGAGGACAAGCGGCUGCACAUUAGCGCCUGCUCGCGCGGCUUCUACGUCAACCAGUCGACGGACGACGCGUUCAACCCGCAGCCGGCCAACCCGAGCUACCUCUCGCACUCGCUGAUCGAUCUGCUGUCGCAGAUUUCCGCCACCUUCCGGCGCUGCUUCGCGCAGAUGCAGAAGAAGCGCACCCAGCGGCAUCCGUUCGAGCGCGUCGCCACGCCGUACCAGGUGUACACGUGGACGGCGCCCGCGCUCGAGCACACGAUCGACGCGAUCCGGGCGGAGGACACGUUCUCGUCCAAGCUCGGCUACGAGGAGCACAUCCCCGGGCAGACGCGCGACUGGAACGAGGAGCUGCAAACGACGCGCGAGCUGCCGCGGGCGACGCUGCCCGAGCGGUUGCUGCGCGAGCGGGCCAUCUUCAAGGUGCACAGCGAUUUCGUGACGGCGGCGACGCGGGGCGCGAUGGCCGUCAUCGACGGGAACGUGAUGCCGAUCAAUCCGGGCGAGGACGCGAAGACGCAGAUGUUCAUCUGGAACAACAUCUUCUUCUCGCUCGGGUUCGACGUGCGGGACCACUACAAGGAGCUGGGCGGCGAUGCGGCCGCGUUUGUGGCGCCGCGCAACGAUCUGCACGGCGUGCGCGUGUACAGCGCGGUGGACGUGGAGGGGCUGUACACGCUCGGCACGGUGGUGAUCGAUUACCGCGGGUAUCGCGUGACGGCCCAAUCGAUCAUACCGGGCAUUUUGGAGCGCGAGCAGGACCAGUCGGUCGUGUACGGGUCGAUCGAUUUCGGCAAAACCGUGCUGUCCCACCCGAAGUACCUGGAGCUGCUGAAUGCGGCCGGCAAGCACCUGAAGAUACUGCCGCACAGCGUGUACAACGACAAGGAGGAGGCGAUCGAGCUGUGCUCGUCGGUGGAGUGCAAGGGCAUCAUCGGCAACGACGGGCGGCACUACAUUCUCGAUCUGCUGCGCACGUUCCCACCGGACGUGAACUUCCUGGCGCUGCCGGCGGAGGAGGAAGCGGUCGGCAAGGAGAGCCGGGCGAUGGGCUUCCCGAUCGAGCACCGGCACAAGCUGUGCUGUCUGCGGCAGGAGCUGUUGGAAGCGUUCGUGGAGAAUCGGUAUCUGAUGUUCAUGAAGCAUGCGGCCGUCCAGCUGCAGCAGUGCGUUAAAAUGAAGCAGGAGCAAAAGGCGGCUGCCGCCCAGAAAACGGAGGACGGUGGCAAACAGGCCGCCAUCGAAGCAGCCGCCCCGGCAGAGGGUGAUAAGGCGCCAGCAAAGGAUGCAAAGGACGGCAAGGAGGCAGGCAAGGAUGCGAAGGAUGGUAAGGAGGAGGCAUCGACAAAGGAAGCGGCGGCGGCUGCCGCACGCUCAGUACCGAAGCCAGACAGCGAGGAUGCGAAGAAGCUGGUUGAGUCGCUGAUCUCUAGCGACCAGAAGAACGAAAGCAUGGAGGUGGUGAAGCGAGCGUGCGAAGCGGUCGGCUCGCUCAAGGAGUACGAGUUCAACAUCCGCUUCAAUCCGGACGUGUACUCGCCGGGCAUACGGCACGUGGACGAGGAGCCGAACGCGGCCGGCUCGCUGCGCCGCCAGAAGCAGCUGGUAAAGGAUGCGGCCGAGUUUCUGGUGAAGCACCAGAUACCGAGCUUCGUGCACGAGUGUCUCGACCACACGUCCGCCCCGAUGGACGGCGUCACGCUGACCGAGCUGCUGCACAACCGCGGCAUUAACGUGCGCUACCUCGGCAAAGUGGUGGACCAGCUGGCCAAGAUCAAGCAGCUCGAGUACCUGCACACGAUCGCCGUGUCCGAGCUGAUCGUGCGGGCGGCGAAGCACCUGUUCACCGCGUACCUGCAGCAGACGGACGUGAUGAGCAUGGCGGCCGCCAUCAGCCACUUUUUGAACUGCUUCCUGACGGUGUCGACCGGUGGCUACCAGCCGGUGGCGAACGGUACCGGCCGGUGGCAAAAAGCAAACAAACAGAGCAAGCGGGGAGGAGGAGGUGGUGGAAAGGGUGCCGCGGGUGGUGGCCGUAAGGCCACCUUUUCCGUGCCCUCGUCCGACAACUGCGAAUGGACGGCGCUGACGUCCAAGGCGCUGUGGGCGCAGAUCCGCCAGGAGCUGAAGGCGUACUGGGACUUUGAGCUGACGGUAGAGCAGCCGGCAAAGGAGGGCAAGGAAAGCAAGGCAGCGGUGAUCGACUCGAUCGAGCCGCUGAUCGGUGCGUUCAAGCUGCAGAAAAUCUCGCUGCUGCGUUCGUUCUGCCUGAAGACGGGCGUGCAGAUUCUGCUGCAGGAGUACGCGUUCGAGCAGCGCAACCGGCCCGCGUUCACCGAUGCGGACAUCGUGAACGUGUUCCCGGUGGUGAAGCACAUCAAUCCGCGCGCCUCCGACGCGUACAACUUCUACACGACCGGCCAGACGAAGAUCCAGCAGGGCUACCUGCAGGACGGGUACGGGCUGAUCAGCGAAGCGCUCAACCUGCUGAACAACGUGUACGGCGCGAUGCAUCCGGAGAAUGCCCAGUGCCUGCGCAUGCUGGCCCGGCUCAGCUACAUUAUGGGCGAUCCGCAGGAAGCGCUCGCGAUCCAGCAGCGUGCCGUGCUGAUGAGCGAGCGCGUGAACGGGGUCGACCAUCCGUACACGAUUUCGGAAUAUGGACACCUUGCAUUGUACUGCUUUGCCAACAGUCAAAUCACCACCGCACUUAAGCUGCUGUACCGUGCCCGGUAUCUGGCGACCAUCGUGUGCGGCGAGAACCAUCCCGACAUUGCGCUGAUGGAUAGCAACAUCAGCUUGAUCCUACACGCGGUCGGCGAGUACGAACUGUCGCUGCGCUUCCUGGAGCACGCACUCGCCCUCAACAUUCGGUACUACGGCGAAAAGUCGCUCAAGGUGGCAGUUAGCUACCAUCUAGUGGCGCGAACGCAAAGCUGCAUGGGCGACUUCCGAUCCGCGCUGGUCAACGAAAAGGAAACGUAUGCCAUCUACAAACAGCAGCUCGGUGAAAAUCAUGAAAAGACGCAGGAAUCCUCCGAAUGCCUUCGCCAUCUGACGCAGCAGGCGGUCGUGCUGCAGAAGAAGAUGAACUACGCCAACGGCAAGCUGCUGAGCACCUUGCCCCCGAUUCACAUUCAGCCACCCUCGAUGGGCUCGGUGCUGGACAUGCUGAAUGCAAUCAAUGGCAUCAUUUUUGUACAAAUUAGUUCCAAAGAGAUUGCCAACUUCAAGAACGAAAUCGAAAAGCGCCAGAAGGAGGCGGGCGCCCAGUCGCAACAGCCCGGCGGUGGUCCGGUGCAAGCCAACCAGGAGGAAGUCGACCAGAUGCUGAUGGAAACGAUGCAAAAGACGGCCGCCGGCAUUCCGUUCGAGGAGCAGGAUGGCGAGAAGAAGGACGGUGCGGCGGUAGAGAAGCAGCCCGCCGAGGUGACGUCGAGUUGAAGCCGAUGCACCACGAUGAUGCGGUAACGGUCGCCGCUGCUGCAGCUGCGGUUUGCCUUGGGUCGCCAAAAUGA